AUGGAUGGGAAUGCGGCAACUCCCAUGUCGGGUACCUCCGCAGAGCCUUCUAUCGACUCACUGGAGGGUGUGAAUGAUGUGCGACCCCAGGCGAGCAGAGUUGCGUCUUCGGCAUCAUAUGAUAGCUCUCACAGGCACCGACGACGAAACCCAAGAGCAAGGCGUCCGGUGAAGGAAACACUGGACGCCCGCUCCGAGUAUUAUACGAGCCAAGAUGACGGUACCGCGGAACAUCGAAUCAACCAAUAUGUGAUCAAGCAGGAGAUCGGACGUGGAUCGUUCGGGGCUGUUCACCUGGCUGCGGAUCAGUUUGGAAAUGAAUAUGCAGUCAAGGAAUUCUCCAAAUCCAGACUAAGGAAACGUGCACAGUCGCAUCUGUUGCGUAGACCGCGAGGUCCGAGUCGGCCAGGAACAGAUUUCAACUCGCCGUUACAUCGGCAUCCUUCGGGUGACGAUAAUGAGACCGCAAAGAAUCCUUUAUAUCUGAUUAAGGAGGAAAUCGCAAUCAUGAAGAAACUGAAUCAUAACAAUCUGGUAUCAUUGAUCGAGGUCUUGGACGAUCCGACAGAGGACUCGUUGUAUAUGGUGAUGGAAAUGUGCAAGAAGGGCGUUGUCAUGAAGGUCGGGCUCGAAGAGAAAGCAGAUCCGUAUGAUGACGAGCGAUGUCGAUGUUGGUUCCGCGAUCUGAUCUUGGGAAUCGAGUAUUUGCACUCGCAGGGCAUUGUCCAUCGAGAUAUAAAACCGGACAACUGUCUGGUGACCAACGACGACAUGCUGAAAGUGGUCGAUUUUGGUGUAUCGGAGAUGUUUGAAAAGGAUUCAGACAUGUUCACUGCCAAAUCAGCUGGGUCACCGGCAUUUCUCCCGCCAGAGCUGUGCGUGGUAAAGCAUGGCGAUGUAUCCGGAAAGGCGGCGGAUAUCUGGUCUAUGGGGGUAACUCUAUAUUGUCUGCGAUAUGGAAAACUACCCUUUGAGAAGCAGAGCAUCUUCGAGCUAUAUGAUAGUAUCAGGGGAGAUUCCCCGGUCUACGAAGACGAGUCAGAUGAAGUAUUCAAAGAUCUGAUAGGACGGAUUCUCGAGAAAGACCCAGAGAAACGGAUCGACAUGUUUGGUUUACGAGAACACCCCUGGGUGACGAAGAAUGGGACCGAUCCUCUGCUUUCAUUCGAGGAGAAUACGUCGCAACACAUUACGCCGCCGACAGAGGAGGAGAUGAACUCGGCCAUUACAACAAAUAUGGGACAUCUCAUGACCGUGAUGAAAGCCGUCAACAAAUUCAAGCGACUAACAGAUCCCAACAAACCACAAUCUCCCAUUCAAAGUAACUUCGGUAAGAGCAUUCUGGGCGGAGACCACGAUGCCUACUUCGUCGAGCCACCAAUGGAGAUGGAUCCAGAUGAACCAUUCCCAGUAGUGGGAGCGGCUUCACAAACACACGACGCCCGUGGCUUGGGUGCAAGCGGGCGCAAGGUCAUCCGUCGGCCUUUUGCCGGAUUUCGAGAUGAUUCCGGUGCUUUCGGAUCUAGCGAUUCAGCCAGCUUUUCAUCCCGGCCGGAGCACAGCCCAAGCAGCAGCAAAAGGCCCAGCGGCGUUUUCGAGCCCGAGCGAAAAGACUCCGGAUCUAUCCGUGGCGGGGAGUUCCCGGCUCAACCGGAUGCUAGCCAAGAAUCUCAAUCUCAUUCCCAGGGAACGUCGCCCCAUAUCCCCCUCUCGCGAGCAAGCUCCGGUACGACUAAACGCAGCCUGGAGGGGACGAGAGGACAUGCACGUGACCCGCUGGAAGAGGAGUUUCCCUACCUCUUUAUUGGACCGUCUACAUACACUGGCUCCUCGUCGCAGGAGCCGGCUGAUGUGGAAAUAAGUGACGAGCAGGCAUCUAUUUUCCAAGAGCCGGAACAGUCAACGGGUCAGUUUGACCAGAUGGAGGAUGACGAGCCGGUGCAAUUCGUGAGUGAAUCGCCCGGUGCUGCGGAUUUCAAUAUAUACGAGACGGCAUACAGGAAGGAACUAGAGCGCAUCAAGCACAGCCUGAAAGACCGCGAUACAGGCCCGAAGGUUUAUCUGACUCGCCUCGUCGAGAAAAACAGCGCCGAAGUGAUGAAACUGGCUAAAGAGAAGGAGUUGGAUCUUCAGAUUGGGCAACGGUUCACACUUUCUUCUCUGUCGAGAGCACCCUCGGGCUUCGGGUCUGUGGUUAGCGCGAUGCGCUCACAGAUGCUACAGAAAAGGCAGGCUGAGGGCUUGGAGGAGCAGAGUGGGGGCGGCGAUGGUGAUGGUAAUAGAGGUGGUGGUGGGGAUGCAAGUAAAGAUAAAGAUUACUCUCGGAGCCACCACCCUCACCCUCAUCCCCCCAAACGCCUGUCAGUUUCAUCCCAACCUAUACCCGAGCCUGAACCUUCUUCUCUAGAGGCGACGGGUGUGUCGUCUACGGAGGGGACCGGUGCUUCCAAAGCACAGCUACGGCGAAUCCUUGAUCGAGUUCGUGGAAAGUCUGAUAGCGCAGAAUGA